UGUGCUGAUUUCUUGAAAAUAAUUGACUUAUAAUGGCCUCGUGCAGUCUGUGAGCGUGAAGAUCAGCAGUGCGUCCGGUGGAGCAGAAACAUCCACAGAGAUAAGAGAGACCAUAAAAGCGGCGGUUGAAGGCUUCACAUCCGAUUUGAAAGCUAGCGAACCGUGUGCUUUGCUUUAACAGGAAGAUGGUACUGCGAGCUUGUGGCUUUAUCAUAUUUCGCCGUCUUGUCGGCCGCAUCCCUCCUCCAGGCAACAUCGAGUAUCUCCUUCUGCAGACAUCUUAUGGGGAACACCACUGGACGCCACCGAAAGGUCAUGUGGACCCAGGUGAGGAUGACCUCACCACAGCACUGAGAGAGACCAAGGAGGAGGCGGGGCUGGGGACAGAGGACCUGAAAGUGAUAAAAGGCUUUGUUCAGGAGUUGCACUAUGAGGUGCGUGGCAAACCCAAAGAGGUGCUGUACUGGUUGGCUGAGCUGAAGGACCCAGGGACUGCUGUGACUUUGUCUGAUGAGCACCAGGAUUACCGCUGGGCCCAGCUAGAGGAAGCCUGCACUCUGGCCCGGUACAAAGACCUGCAGGACACACUGAGAGCAGCACACAGACACCUAGAGGCAUGUCAGGACAAACAAUGAUGUGUCACAGAGGAGAAGAUCAUAAAUGGGAAGUAACUGCCUGCUGGUAUGUGGGAUCGUACCAGAAAGACUCCCUUAAGUCACAAAAAAUCAGAGAGAAAAUAAAAUCAAUAGUUGAACGCUAAUUACAGCACAAAAAUACGACUGUGCCCUUGAAUCUCCUUAGUAAUAGGAUUAAAUGCAUAAAUGAUGUGUUUUUGAUUGUAAAUAAGCUGUAUUGCAGGUUUGUGCAUUACAGCUGUUUUUUUGGUCAUUUUUUUUCGGUCUGUCUCCAGUUUGAAUUAAAUUUAGACCAACACGAA